AAUCGAAAAAAAAAAACUAAAAUGUCAAAUCUGUAAACAAGAAAUCGUGGAUGUUUGUUUUUUAACGGAAUCUUAUGUGAAAUAAUCAAUAAAUAACGUUUAUUACUGAGUAAGAAGUUUAUUAAAGUUAUUUUAGAUGACUCUUGGACGUAAAUACCAGCAAUCUUCCGGGAAUGCUGGGGAGGCUCGUAAGGUGUAUUCUAACCAGUCGAAGGUCGGGACUCUAUCUGGUUGCUCGUCUUCUAUAUCACUGUGCGACAUGAUAGAACCGCCGGACUACGAGGAGGUAUGCGACCGCCUGAUGGGGGAGCGCGACCCCCUCGCCUACCCCGCGGUCGACAUGGAGCUGUGCAAUGUGCCGCGACGCAUCCGGACCAUCGCGCACGUGCUGCCUGAUGAAGACCUGGCAAAAGCUCCAAUGUUCGUCCGCGACUGCAUCCGCUGCUACACCACAGACUACACAGUGGUGGAGUACAAGCACCGAGCGUACUCGGGCUCCAUGUGUGGACGGGAGCGGCUGGGUGAGCGCCUGGAGCGGCUGCACGCCGGCCCGCGCCAUCAGUACGAGGUGGACGCAGAGCCCAGUGCGGCGAGUGAGGAGCCGCAGUCUGAAUCUCAACCAUCAAGCGGGCGUCAAUCAGUAGCGUCCAUGUCUUCAUCGUCCUCCUGCAACGAGACCCUCACUCCUCGCGGCUCCUGGGCCAGCCUGGACCUCAGGAGCUCCUCCUCUGACCCUCUGCUUCCUGACCUGUUUGAGAGGAAGCCACCAGAACAGGUUGAUGCUGUUAAUGAGGCUAGGAGGUUGGAGAACCGUCAGGCUGACCUGCUGGGGCUGUAUACUCCGUACUUGGACGAGGAGGAGGCGGUGGAGCGUCGCCUGCCGGCUGACAUGCCUAGCGAGAUUAUGGGACAUCGCAUACUGGUCGUCUGUCAUCAGUUGAAGCUCGAACUAGACGUGGAACCGCUCUUCGCAUCAAUGGCCCUUUACGACGCGAAAGAAAAGAAGAAGAUUUCAGAGAACUUUUACUUUAACCUGAACUCCGAGUGCACAAGACAGAUGCUGGCCUCCCACGUCCCUCACGCGGACCUCUCGACCCUCAGCCGGAGUGCCGUCUUCGAUAUCCUCAACCCUUCACCAGAUAUCUUCCUGGUGGUAAGAGUGGAGAAGGUCUUGCAAGGCGAUGUCAAUGAGUGCGUUGAGCCUUAUAUUAAGGAUGAUAAGAACCGCGAAAAAGUCCGUUCCGGUGCUGCAGCAGCAUGCGCUCGGCUCGGCAAGUACCGCAUGCCGCUCGCCUGGAGUGCUGUCUCCCUGCUCAACAUCCUCAGCGGCUCCAACAGCCUCGAGAGAGACCAGGAUAAGGACAGCCUCAACAACUGUCCUAAUACUAAUAGCUUGGACCGUAAAGCGUCGUCCAGCAGCUUGGAGCAGCUGCGUCGCCGCGCGGGCGAGGUGGGCGGCUCGCUGACGCGCAAGGGCUCCAUCGAGCGCCGCGCGCCCGCGCACCACGCCGACGACCUCGCCGCCAUGCUCGACACCUUCAAGCCCAUCGUCAUCACUGUCACUAGCUUCUUCAAGCAGGAAACCGACAAACUACGCGAUGAGGACUUAUACAAAUUCCUCGCUGAAAUCAAGCGUCCCAGCUCAGCUCCGAAGAAGCUCAAGUGCAUCCCUGGAACUCUGAAGAUCGAAGUGUCUCCAUGUCCUGAGGAGUUGAAGAACGGACUCACUCCUGAGCUGGCUAAGUUGCAUCCUUAUGGAGACGACAACGUACGUCCAUGCAAAGAAAUACUAUCGUUCCCGACGCAUGCGCCGGCGAUGCCUCACUAUCAGUACCGCAACUUACUGUACUUGUCUGUGAAAGAGAUUAAUCUAAACGCCUACACCUCAAGAGCUGGCUCCGCUAGGAAUAUUACUGUGAGAAUACAGCUGAUGUCCGGCGAAAAUGAGGAGUCAGCUUUACCGGCUAUAUUCGGGAGGAGCUCCUGUCCCGAGUUCACUAACGAGGCGUACACCACCGUGCUGUAUCAUAACAAGAACCCGUCCCUCUACGACGAGAUAAAGCUGAAGCUGCCAGCAGACUUAGGAGACCAGCAUCACUUGCUGUUCACGUUCCUGCACGUGUCCUGUCAGAGGAAACCCGUGGCGCCUGACCAGGAGAAGAAUCUCGAGACUCCUGUUGGAUACUCGUGGAUCCCACUCUGCCGUAACGGCAAGCUAACCUGCGGCGAGUUCAACCUACCCGUGAUGCAAGAGGAGCCGCCAGCGAACUACUCGUACAUAUUCCCCGAUGUCCUACUGCCCGGGACGCGGUGGAUAGACAAUCACAAGCCCAUCUUCAGCAUCACUUUAGAUGCACAUACUACUGUGCAUCCGCUGGAUGGGUACAUCGAGCGGUUCGCGAUGGCCUGCGAGGCGGUGCAGGAGGGCAACAUUCCGCCGCGCAUCGGCCUCGCCAACAUGGAGUCUGAACUGCGGGCUAGCAUAACCGAACUGCCAACAGCCAACGUGGAAGUCCUGGCCCGCUAUUUACCAGUAGUGCUGGACAAGCUGCUGCACCUGCUGGUGGCCCCCCCGGCCCUGGCGGGGCAGACGCUGAACAUCGCGCAGGACGUCUUCACCUGCCUCGCGCAUCUCUUCACUGAUAUCUCUAACAUGAACGAAGGCGCCACCUGCGAUAACCAUGGCCGCAGCAGCCUGAUCAGCACGUACAUACAGUACCAGUGCACCAUCCCCAGACCCUCGCUCACCGACCGGGACAUCGGACUGCCGCUGCCGCCUGCUGUGAUGACAGAUGGAUCGUGCAAGAUAUUACACGAGGAGUUGGCACUUCAGUGGGUAGUGGCUAGUGGAGCCACCAGGGACCUUGCUAUGCAGAAUUCCUGGGCUCUAUUCGAGCUGAUGGUGAAGUCGAUGGUGGAGUACCUGUACUGGAGCGGAGCGCACGAGGCGCGGCGCAAGGCUCGCUUCCCCGACCAGUUCACCGACGACGUCACCACGCUCGUCAACAAUGUCACCACGGAGAUUAUAUCUAGAUACGGCAAAGACAGCCGCCUAACCCAGAGCCUGAACAACAGCCUAGCGUUCUUCUUGUUCGAGCUGCUGAGCGUGAUGGACCGCGGCUACGUGUUCACUCUCAUCCGCACCUACUACAAGCACAUGUGCGCCAAGAUCGCCUCUCUGCCGGAUGCUGUGCCGCUGGUGCACUAUAAGCUAGCGUUCCUCCGCAUCAUCUGCUCCCACGAGCACUACGUGCCCCUCAACCUGCCGUCAUCGGGCGGGUCCCCGGGCGGCGUGUCCCCGGCCGCGUCGUGGGCCUCGCUGGGCUCGCAGUCCUCCGCCCCGCCGAGACAUGCCUUGCAUCAUGAGUUUAGGUCAAGACAUUAUCUGGCUGGGUUGCUGUUGACUGAGCUCACUAAUGCUUUGGAUUUGCAGAGUCCAGUGCUCCAAUGUGCAGCCGUGAACGGCGUCCUGUCCCUGCUGACCGCUCACGACGCGGACCCGCGGCUGUCGGCGCCGGAGCUGAAGGCGCGGGUGGCGGCGCUGUACCUGCCUCUGCUGGGCAUCGUCAUGGACGCGCAGGCGCAGCUCUAUAGAGGCUUCACUACUAGCAAGGAAAUACUGCAAUUGGAUAGUGAGAUUGGACAGUUCGGGAAUCUUUACACCGCGUCGUCGCCGGAAGGAGAUUUCAAACAGAACGGCCGACCCCCGUUCAACAGCGAGACGAGCCGCAACCUGCUGAUGUGCCUGGUGUGGGUGCUGAAGUGGGCCGAGCGCGGAGCCCUGGCGGCCUGCGUGGCGGAGCUGUCCCCGCGCCGCCUGCACGACCUGCUGGCCCUCAUCGAGCUGUGCUUCAAGUGCCAGGAGUACAAGGGUCGUAAAGAGAUAAUGAAGUGCGCUCAGCAGAACGUGCGCAAGACGACGGACAUCAAGUCCAAGCUGGAGGACGUCAUCCUCGGUCAGGGCUCCGCCAGGAACGACUUCAUCAUGAGGAGGAAGGGUGCGUGCAAGCGCGAGCGCUGGCGCAAGGAGCUGUGGCGCGGCGGAGCCCGAGCCGACAGCGGAGCCCCGCCGCAGCCGCAGCCGCAUCUCUCCGCGGCGCUGGCGGCUGAAGUCGCCUUGACGCUGCUGCAUGCACUGGAGACUAUUGUGCAGUCAAGCAGCAACCUGGAAUGCGGUCAAAGCGUGUGCAGUGCUGCACUGCAAGUCUUACUGCAUGCACUGCAACGCAACCAAAGUGUUGUCGUCUUGCAGCACAUGUUCGCUACUGUACGCUCGCUUAUCGUCAAGCUGGGCUGGUCGUGCUGCGGCGAGGAGUCGGGCACGUGCCGCGUGCUGCUGCGGCACUGCGCGGCGCUGGCGGGCAGCACGCGCGCGCACGCCGCCGCCACGCUCUACGCGCUCAUGCGCCAGCACUACCAGCUGGGGAACAAUUUCAGCCGCGUCAAGAUGCAGGUGACGAUGUCACUAUCCUCCCUAGUGGGAACUUCCACCACCUUCAGCGAAGACUCUCUGCGGAGGGCACUCAAAACUAUACUGAUGUACGCCGAACAUGAUGCUGAUCUCGCUGACACUACGUUCCCGGAACAGGUGAAAGACCUAGUGUUCAACUUGCACAUGAUCCUCUCGGACACGGUGAAGAUGAAGGAGUUCCAGGAAGACCCGGAGAUGCUGCUGGACCUGAUGCACCGCAUCGCGCGCGGCUACCAGCACUCGCCCGACCUCAGGCUCACCUGGUUGAACAAUAUGGCGCAGAAGCAUAUGGAGCGUUCGAACCACACAGAAGCCGGCAUGUGCCUGAUCCACGGCGCAGCCCUGGUGGCGGAGCAGAUGUGUGCGGGCGGCCGCGGAGCCGCCCUGCUGCAGCGCGUCACGCACAACGCGCUCGACGAGAGCUGUGCUGAUGCCCUGCAUCAUCACCUCACGCACCUGGAGCUGCAGGCUCUACUCGAGCAUGCGGCCAGCGAGCUGAUGACGGCCGGCAUGUACGAGACUGUCAACGAGGUGUACAAGGUGCUCAUACCCAUCGCAGAGGAGCAUCGCGACUAUAAGAAACUCGCUAAUAUACACAGCAAACUAAACGAGGCAUUCACCCGCAUCGAGCAACUCCACGGCAAGCGCGUGUUCGGCACGUACUUCCGCGUCUCCUUCUACGGCGCGAGGUUCGGAGACCUGGACAACGAGGAGUUCAUAUACAAGGAGCAUGCACUCACCAAGCUGCCCGAGAUAUUUAGCAGGCUUGAGAACUUCUACGGCGCCCGUUUCGGCGCGGACAACGUGGUCAUAAUCAAAGACUCGAACAUAGUCGAUGUCAGCACGUUAGACCCGGACAAGGCGUACAUACAGAUCACGUACGUGGAGCCGUACUUCGAGCCGCACGAGCUCAGGAAGCGCGUCACGCACUACGAGAAGAAUUAUAAUAUUAAGCGUUUCAUGUACGCGACGCCGUUCACGGUGGGCGGGCGAGCUCACGGCGACAUCGCGGAGCAGUGCAAGCGCAAGACCAUCCUCACCGCCGCACACCACUUCCCUUACGUCAAGACUAGGAUACAGGUGGUUCAACGCACACAAAUAAUUUUGACACCCAUUGAAGUGGCUAUCGAAGAUAUACAGAAAAAGAUCAACGAGCUGGCAGCAGCUACGAGCCAGGAGCCGGCAGAUCCCAAGAUGCUGCAGAUGGUGGUGCAGGGAUGCAUCGGCACCACCGUCAACCAGGGACCGCUCGAACUCGCACAGGUGUUCCUGGCGCCGGUGGCGGAAGGCACGCAGCCUCCCACGCGACUCACCAACAAACUGAGGCUCGCCUUCAAAGAUUUCUCCAAGAAAUGUCACGAUGCUCUCCGAAAGAACAAGAACCUGAUCGGCAGCGACCAGCGCGAGUACCAGCGCGAGUUGGAGCGUAACUUCACGCGCUUCACCGAGCGCCUCGCGCCGCUCGUCACCGCCACGCGCGGGCAUGUCACGCAGCUCAGCAAUGGCCUGAGCAAGCAAGACUACAAAUAUCAGGCUUGAAGCGACCAAAACGAACGAAACGAAGCACAUUACCACCGUUGAACUGUCUAGUAAUGAAUACUCUUAUUUUAUAUAACUUCUUGUAAAUUAUUAUUAUUUACUAUUGAUCUGUAAUGGCUAGUCAAACUGAGAUGGCUGCGGCCUGUUCUGCAUUUAUCAUUUAACCUAAUUUGAGACUAAUAAAUGAUGAUUAUAAUUAUUACAUCAGAGGCAAUGGGGAAAGAACGCGAACUUUACUUAUAAGAAAUCCUCAUUAAAAUUCGACAAUAUGUAAGAAUUACGAACUUCAGGAUGUGCUAUUAAGACGCUGUCAUCUCAGAAUGAACUCUAAUUUCUAUUAUUAAGUAUCGCUAUAGCACAAUUGUUUGAAGAUAUUUUCUGUAAGUAUUCUUGUGGUGGUUUUCAUUCUCAUUCCUCAGCCAUCAGGACUGAUUGGAACUUCAAUAAUGAAGUCUUUAUCACAUUUUAGCAGUCAUAACUAAAAUUGAAAAUGAUGACCACAUUGUAUUAUGCAUAUUUGUUAGUGGUAUGUAAACGUAUUUAUAUUUGCAAUAAAGUGCAAUAUUAUAUACCGUUUUAAUAUUAUAAGUUACACUGAGAUUUAAAUAGUUUAAGAUUUUUUAAGCGUAGUUUGGCACAAGUUUUCUUGCAAGAUUUACGAAUAGUAUUUUUUUUAUUAUACUACUACAUAUUUGGGACAUUGAUGAUGUGCAACACGAAUGGAUGACUGGACCAUGUAGUUUUUGGUACAUGAAUGAUUAUUGUGAAAGUAACGACAUGCCUAUCUGCAGUAGAUGCUAUGUUACUGCAAUCGGGUAUCAGGUAUGACUUGAAGUUCGAAAACAAGGUCGAAUUUUAAUUGAUUUAUUCUCAGCUCAUUGUAAGAUUCGCAAAAAAAUAUCGAUAAAUACUAUAUGAAGCCAUAUCUUUCAAAAAUGGCUAGGUCCCUGUCGAGUACUGUAACGAAGCACGGGUCCAAAGUUUGAUAAGUUCCGAGUAACGACGCGGGUGCCUGAGGCCAAUCUUCACUUUUUUGCCGACUAGAAAUGUUCAAUGAUAUUGUGAAAUUUAUAAGAAGGUGCAAGAGCUUAUUCGCAAAUUUCUUCAGUAUUUUAAAAUCAUUUCUAUUACUACAUAGCUGUGUGAUUUACGUGUAUGUAUCGAUUCCAAAUAUAGAAAACUAAAAUAUUUUAGUUGAUAAGUGUAAUUUCUAUUGAUGUAUCUCUGUGAUAUGGAAAACGAUUGUCAUUAUCAAAUUGGACUGACAGUAACCAGAAUAGUAAAUGUGAAAAGGAUAAGGAACAAUUUUAAUUUCAAUCGUUUUCCAAUCAUUUUUGUUCAGAAGACUAUGAUUCCUAUAUUUAUGAAUCAAUUUAAAUAAAACGAGUAUAUACUUUAA